GUAUUUGGAUCCGGUGUUUUUGAGCUCGAUCUCCACGAAUUUAAAAAUCACAAAGGUUUGCUGGCGAACGGGAACGCAUGCAAACCCAACUGCAGGACUUAUUUCAGAAUUUGCUUGAAGAACUAUCAGGCUGUGGUCUCGCCAGGUGACUGCAUCUUUGGAAGUACAAUGACAGCAGUGCUGGGGACAAACUCUUUCAGCGCCAAGGACAGUGGCACUUUACCUAGACCGAUUCAAAUACCGUUCAACUUUGGAUGGCCGGGGUCAUUUUCAUUAAUAAUUGAAGCCUGGCAUUCACCUUAUGGAAAUCUACCUGUAGAUACCAACAACCCAGACUUUCAGAUUAGCUUUUUUGCCAUCCAAAGACAGAUGGGUGUGGGGACUGACUGGUCUCAGGAUGUGCAGACUGGAAAACAGACAGAGCUAAGAUAUUCUUACCGGUUCAUCUGCAACGAAAGUUACUACGGAGAAAGCUGUUCCAAAAAAUGCACGCCCAGGGACGACCGAUUCGGCCACUACACCUGCAACCGCGAUGGACAGUUAUCCUGUCUGCCUGGCUGGAAGGGGAAAUACUGCGAAGAACCUAUCUGUCUGGAGGGCUGCAGCGAGAAUAACGGAAACUGCUCCAAACCUGGCGAGUGUGUAUGCCGAGACGGCUGGCAGGGCACAUUCUGCGACGAGUGUAAGAAGUACCCGGCCUGUAAGCACGGUACCUGCCAGCUGCCAUGGCAGUGUAACUGUCAGGAGGGCUGGGGAGGCCUAUUAUGUGACCAAGAUCUGAACUUCUGCACCCAUCACCAUCCCUGUGUGAAUGGCGCCACCUGUAUGAACACAGGACAGGGCAGCUAUACGUGUACUUGCCUGCCGGGUUUCACAGGGGUCAACUGCGAGCUGGAGAUGCAGGAGUGUGACAGCAACCCCUGCAGGAAUGGAGGGAAAUGCACAAAUUUGGAAAGUGGCUACACAUGCACGUGCCCCCAAGGUUUUGAGGGCUCCCACUGUGAGCACAGCCUGCUGACGUGCGCCGACUCCCCCUGUUUCCACAGUGGCAAGUGCUGGGAGAAGGACAAUGGCCGCAGCUACAUGUGCGAGUGUCCCCGCGGCUACACCGGACUCAACUGCGAGAAGAGAGUGGACAAGUGCACGUCGCUUCCCUGCGCUAAUGGUGGUCUGUGUCUGAUCCACGGCGGCAUGCGUGUGUGUAGCUGCCGUGCGGGAUUUACAGGCCAGCGCUGCGAAAUCAACAUCAAUGAGUGUGCCGGUAACCCUUGCCUCAACGCUGGCACCUGCCAAGACCGAAUCAACGACUACACCUGUGUCUGUCCUGCGGGCUACGGCGGACGCAACUGUGACAGAAUCUUAGACGAGUGCUCCCUUCGCCCCUGCCUCAACGGGGGUCUUUGCACCGGGGGCGGCGGGCCGGGCAAGCCUCCAGCAACCUGCAUCUGCACAUCAGGCUUCACCGGGCCCCGCUGCGAGUUCUUCGCAUCCGUCACCUCUCCCGUGACCAAAGGAGAGAUUCAGGACGGCUUCCAGUGGGCGGCAGUUUCUCUGGCUGUGGGGCUGGUGGCGCUGCUGGUGCUGUUGUGCAUGGUGGGCUUGGCUUUGAGGCACAUCCACAGGCAGGCCCGAAGAGAGAGGGGAGACGCAGAGACGAUGAACAACUUGUCCAACGUUCAGAGAGAUAACCUGAUCCCAGCCUCCCAGCUGAAAAAUACCAACCAGAAAAUCGGCCUGGAGGUGGACUGUGAUUCGGAGAAAUCGAACUUUAUCCACAAAAACUAUCACUUGGACUCUUACAACUCUAAAUCAAAGGAGUUCAAGGAUGAAAAGUCGCAAGAGGAUAAAAGUCUUAUUUAUGACAAAUGUUUAGAAGACAAAAUGCCCUUGAGUCGAAUGUACAGUGAAAAGCCAGAGUGUAGGAUAUCAACGAUAUGUUCCUCAAGAGACUCCAUGUACCAGUCGGUAUUUGUUAUAGCAGAGGAGAGGAGGGAAUGCGUCAUAGCAACUGAGGUAUAAACUGUGAGGGGUCUGAAAGCGAGGGAAGGAGAAAAAAGACACAAUCGAGGCAGAAUAUAAUAUUCUGGAUUGUUUACAAAUGCUGAGAAGAGACUGGAGAUUGUUUAAGAUGUCCACUGCUGCUCUGGAACACUUGAGAACUGGAGAGGGCAGACACCUCUGCUCUGCAAAAAAAGAAAAAAAAGAACAGAACUGAGAAACCUUAUGUUGACCGAGUGUUUGUAUGCAAAACAUGUACAGUGAAGGACCUCUCUCAGUUGUGACAGUGGUUAAACGGACUGGCGAAUAGACUGACUACACAAGGUGUGAAGACUGACAGAGCAUCGGUGAAAUAUUAAUUUAUAAUCUCGGCCAUCCUGGACAGUAGAAGGAGGUGAAGGUGGAUCAUUGCCCCUCGUAUCUGACCCGGCCUUGUGUGAUAAUCAUGAAGACUUUGAUAGCCAACCAAUCAGUAAAAAAAGGUGCCUAAGAUUUGACCCCUUCAAAUCCCCCAACCCCCCCUCCCCCCCAGCUCACAAACUCACUCCUGCCAUCUUCGCCUGCUAUGCAAGACUCAGGGUCGAGACGAGUGAACUCACCCACCGUCACAAUCCAACCUCACAAACACUGAGAGUUAUGAAUGUCUGAAACUAAUCUUCAACUGUCAAUCACGUGAAAAUGACUGGUUGGACUUUUCCAUGCAACGGUGAAGAUUGUAUGCAGCCCAAAUUCACUAGAAGCCUUAAAAGAGGGGGUUAAAUUUGUGCCCUUGUCUGUUCUUGGAUCAUUUGCACUACAAAAAUAAAUUGGGGGGGGG